CCCAAAUGGAAAUUCUUAAAGAAUUAUUCACAAAAACCAACAUUGCUUAUAUUCAGUUAGUUAACUACGAGGCUGACGACAUAAUUGCCUCUUUUAUCACGCAAACUUCCCAGCAACAUCCCGAUACUUCCUUUGACAUUUUUACUCGUGAUAAGGAUUUAUUACAACUGCUUUCUAAAAAUACUAAUAUUUUGAAAUAUAUCAGCGGAAAAAUUACUCUUUACACAGCGGAGCAAUUUUACCAAGAAUACAACUUUUUACCAAGUAGUUACGUGGAUUAUUUGAGUUUGAUUGGGGAUAAUAUUGAUAAUAUUGAAGGAGUAAGAGGAAUUGGUCCCGUUAGUGCCAACAAACUAUUGCAACAGUUUAGUACCGCAGAAAAUAUUUUUCGUAAUUUUGCUACUUUAUCAGAACCAACCAACGUUAAAAGUCUCCUGGCUGGCAAAGAAGAAUUAAUUUAUCGCAACAAAAAAGUUAUUAGUUUAGACCAAAGUCUUUCUCUACCAAUUGUGGAUUGCAGUUUUAACUGA